CCCAUCUGCCCAUCAUAAAAACUUUUUGGUUUCCUGAUAUGGAAGUAUCUAAUCGGUGUAAAGCGCUAAGCAACCGCGUUACCGAGCUUUGGUCUUGUCCUCCUUCUCCCCCCACUCUCCUCGUUCAUUCACGCUGCGAGAAGUAGCAAUGUCGACAGACCACGGCGCAGCUCCCGUCAUCCCGUCAUCCCUCCUCCCGUACCAAUCAUACACCUUGGAUCCGGUAUGGCAGACGCGCUUCACAUACAUGUGGUGUGCUGCCCUCGGCGCUUUCGUCCUGCUCAAUCUCCCGCGCACUUUCACGCCCGCCAGUAUAAGAGAGAAUCUCCUCGUGUCUUGGCGUGGCGUGGGGGUGGACUACACUGAGGUCGACUAUAAUCAGGACGCUGCACCACCUAGGAAACCCGUUGCUGGAGUGCAGACAAGACGGCGGACAUGGGGUUUCAUAGGAAGGAUCAUGUCGCUGAGACUUUGGUGUCUCCCUGGCCUACCACUCAAUAUGGGGCAGAUCACCUCCGUGGCCAUCUAUGCUGUGUUCGUCCUCGUAUCGACGACGUACGCUGUUCCGUUGACAGAGAAUCCCAAUCGGGCCGGUUUCCUUGCCCUAGCUCAGCUCCCCCCUGUCUUCCUGUUCGCAUCCAAGAACUCUCCGCUGACAGCGCUCCUCCUCCCUCCGGGGACUGACUACACAAGACUUAACUAUAUUCACCGUUGGGCUGGCCGUCUGCUCGUUCUCUGCGGUCUCGUCCACGGCACCAUGUGGAUUAACAACCACCUCAUAUUCGGGCUUCCUAUCUUGACGCAGCAGAAGGAAGGGAGUGGUGUCGCGGCGUUGGCAGUAUUGCUUGUGCUCGUGCUGAGUAGUCUGGGAAUCGUCAGGCGAUGGGCAUAUGCAACAUUCCUCGUCAUUCACUACCUGACAUUCCCGGCCUUCUUCGUGACAAUCUGCUAUCACACUGUGUACGCUAUCCCAUGGAUAUUUCCCGCCGUCGCACUCUACACCUUCGAUCUGACCUUGAGAUUCUUCCGCUGGCGUGUCGUUGCUUCGCGCAUUGAGGCCAAAAACGGGAUGAGUUUGAUUCAUAUCCCCCAUGCGAAGACCGGCUGGCGUGCGGGGCAGCACGUUCAGCUGCGUGCAGUGUUCAAUGGCCGAGCCUGGGAAUCUCAUCCGCUCAGUAUCUGUUGUGCCUCGCCUGAAAUCAGCUGUCUGCGAGCGGAAGACGGAACAGCCCUGGGCAUGAUGCUGGGUGCUCGGGCUUGCGGAGACUGGUCACGAGCCCUGCUCGAAUACGCGCAACUCCCAGAGCUUAGCCAAGGCGAAAUCGAUGCUUUCUUCCAAGAUGACGAAGAAACAUGUGAUGACUGCGAAAAGACCGGCAUCGAGAGCCAGGCCACGAAGGACCACGAUUCGAACGAGCUACCAGGGCGCCUGACAAUGGCUGUGCUCGAGGGACCAUACGGCGGUCCAACACUGCGAGCCACAGACUUUGAAAAGGUGCUGCUGAUGGCUGGAGGCAGCGGGGCGACGUUUACGCUGGGUGUACUGGACGAGCUGAUCGGCCGCGCGACUCGCGGAGAGCGCGUGAAAACGAGGGAGGUCGUCUGGGUCUGGUGCGUUCGCUCGUUCGGAGCGAUCAACUGGUUUGCACAGCACCUGCAGCAAAUCGCCGCUCGUGCCGCCUCGCCGUCGUCUCCCAUCCGCCUGAAAAUCCGCAUCUUCGUCACGUGCCUGUGCGAUCCCGACGCGGUGCCCGACAUCCACGGCUGUCUCGUGCGGGAGGCCCUGCGGCCGAGUGUGGGUCGGUGGCUGGACGGGCUCGUGUCCGGCACAUUAGCUGCCGUUGACGCCGAGUACGCCUCGAAAGAGGUCGGCGAGAGCGACUACCUUAGCAGCGAUGCCGAUCUCGAGAAGGGCGCUGCUGCUGUGUCCGACACUGUGCAAGGCGGGGUCGCCGUCUUCGCUGCGGGACCCGGUAGUCUGUUAGCCGAGGCUGGGAACGCAGUUGUCGCUGCAAAUCUGAGCGGCAGGGCCCGGGCAUGCGGUGGGGUUGAGUUUUGUGGCGAAGCAUUCAAAUGCCGAUGAUUUUUACGGACUUUACGAUGUGUUUAUCUAUUAUGCAAAUGACUACCCCCUGGGGGGAGUUCAAACGACCCAGGAAACAGACCAGCCACCAGCCACUCAUUGGUUCCCAGACCCCUUCCAAAGGCGAUGUCAAAAACCGGCUUCGUUGUUUGAUACUCUAGAGAUCGAUCGAAGGGCGGUCGGGUGUAUCCAGUCCCUAUCGGAGAGAAGAAC